CAACAAACAAAGGCAGUAAAUACCUUUUUUGCGGUUAGUCUAUGUCUACAUAAUUAUGUUUUUUUUCCUUUUUCUUCAAGUUUUCAGUUUUAGCACCUGCCUGUUUGGAGAACUACCGUCUGAUCAUAAAUUAUUCAGCUUUCUUUUGACACAUCACUUAGAUACCGAGAAGGCACUCAAAUCAAUUAGAACGUGGCUUACAGAGAGCAACUUCUAAAUCAGACUACAAAGAGGACGAGGGAAGCAGCUUAUCUUUUAGAUAAGAACAAGUUAUUAACGGGUAUCAGAAAGCUUUGGCUUGAAAACAACCAGGGGACCACGUUCAGCUGUAUUCCACUGUGGUUUAAGAUGUUCAUGGUGUACUAAUUACCAAGACACUUUCAUUGCUGAGCUAUUGCUUCAAAAAGCCAAAGUGUUUUGUAGCCAGGUUGUGAGACGUCUGAAAUUCAAUAUCAACGUUUUCUCAAGCUCUUCAAAGCGUUUUCAUGUCUCAAAGAGCGAGCUGAAAUUCUUGGAACUGUCGGAACUAAUUACGAAGACGCUUUUAUUGAUCAGAUAUUACUUGGAAUAGUCAAAGUGCUUUGUAGCCACUGAGGUUCUAGGACAUCUGAAAUUUAAUAUCAGCGUUUUCACAAAAGUGUUCUGACAGUAAACAGCGAGGUGAAAUUUUUGGCACUGUCGUUUCUGUCAGAUUUCUGAGCGGAAGCCACCGAGAGCACGGUAUGGAAACAAGCAACACAACGAAAUGUUUUUUCUUAACAAGCGUCGAACUCUCACAUACGGGAGGUGUCUUCAUCGCAGAAAUCAUUUGUUGCGCAAUUAACUCUGUAUUUACCUUAGUGGCAACUCUGUGCAACAUUUUAGUCAUCCUGGUUAUUUGGAAGUCUCCACCUCUCCACUCGCCUUCAAACGUUCUCAUCUGCUGCCUGGCGGGUUCAGAUCUGGUGACUGGUCUCUUUGCCCAACCUAUGCUGGUCACUUAUAAGAUUGCCGAGUUCGAGGACAGUGCUCAAACCGCCUGCAUUGGAAGGCUAAUUCACUGGAUAGCUGGAUUUGUGAGCGCAGGAGUUUCUGUAAUGACAAUAGCAGCCAUAUCGUUGGAUAAAGUUCUUGCGCUUUAUCUACACCUUCGUUACAAAGAAGUAAUCACUGUGUCGCGUGUUUUGAAAGUUGUCUUCGUCUUCUGGUUCUUUUGCUUAACUGCGGCCGUUUCUCUAUUUGUGGCGAACUCGGAUCGAUACUGGACGCUUGUUCCUCUCCCCGUGCUCAGUGUAAGCUUAACAACGACAUUUGUAGCGUAUAUCAAAGUGUUCGGAGUUCUUCGACGUCACCGCAAUCAAAUCCGCGCCCAAACCCGUUCGGCUUGGAGUGGAGUCAACAUGCGAAAAUACAAAAAAUCGGUCAUUACUAUGGUGUACGUUCUAGUGCUGUUUCUCGUUUGUUAUACACCGUUUUUAACAGCGAUGGCAGUUCGCGUUUUGGUUGGUUACAGUCCUAGUGUUAAAGUUGCUUACGAAUGGGGAGCAACAGUCGUGUAUCUAAAUUCAACAUUGAAUCCCUUACUCUACUGGUUCAGAAUGCAGGAGAUUCGCUUGGCAGCGUAUAACGCCAUAAGAAAACUGCAAGGAAACGAGAGCAAGAUUGCAAGCAAAGUUUACAAAUUUAGCCUGAACAACGAGGGCUUUUAUAACGAAAGCAUCCCGAGGAAGAGAGGAAUGGAUUUCUCGCAAGGCACUCAAACUUAACUGUUGCAAUCACGCCACCUGUCAUUAUCUUAUCUGGCUCACAAGAUGUCUCAGAGUAAUGUUUAUUGAGAAGAUGAUUAGUUCAGGAUAAAUUACUCAAACAUCAUUCGCAAAUUAAUCGUCUUGUUUUAUGUGAAAAAUAAAAUAGGAAUAACCCGUUAUUUCUACAUUACGCUAAUAGAAUUUUCACGAAAAACCUUUGGGCUCGAAAAAAACUGCUUCUUCAGAAUGUUACCACAGUCGUAGCCAGAGUAAAUCUUGCUCUAUUACCGAAGCAAUAUCAGAAAAACGGUUCUUUUAUAUUCAUUUACCUUUUUAUAAAUGCAUAGCCUCUUACGAGAACUUGAAAUCAACAAAUAAAUUCCAAAUUCAGUUUACCGAGACAACUGACCAGGUUCGCCUGUGCUAGCUACGGCCUUGGUUACAAAACAAGUAGAAAAAAAAUUUAACACACAAAAGUCUUUAUUUUAAAAGACGAGAAAAUUAUCAUGUUAUGUGAGAUUACAACUAAACAUGUUAUAUGAUAUUACCACUAACGACAGUGAAUAGCAGCUGUUGGUAUACAUUUAUUUAACACACCAACGCAGAAGCCGAGCAAUUUCAGUUCAGUAUUGUAACUCCAACUCCGCAAUGUAAUUACUGAUCUACGUUGCCGGACAGACGUUUAUAUUGAGCGCGCGGCGAUAAAAGAGUUUGCCUCAAGGAAAGAGGGAGUAUCUGUUAAUUAGUUGGUGAGGAUUGUUUACAGUUUAUAGAAAUAAUCAUAAUCAGGUUCCGAUAUCAUUGACUUAUAUUCCCGCUGAGAGCGUUAAGCUAAGAGGUAAACGGAAUUUUGAAUCAUGCGUAGCAAAGGACCAUCCAACGAAAGAGCAGCGAAAUGGCUACAGUUACAGAGCAAUGUAUUUACCCAUUUUAUUGGUACUCAUAUGAUUUCUUCAUCUACGUUUUGGUGUUCUCAGCUCUUAGUUGCAAGUCUCUUGAUAAAUAAUUAAUUGUAAGGAUUGAUCGUGAUUGACAGGCAAACUCUCAACGAUAUUACAUGCGUGAGGCAAAAGUAAAGUCAAUAAAUAUCUUGCCGAGAAAGGAAAUUAUCGCAAAACCCAAAGAUAAGAUGGUGUUAUCAAAUGCCCUAAUUUCCGCACCAGUUAUAUAGUCGGGGCGUUUCAUUUCCCGCCUGGAGAUUCUGACUAAAAAUUUUCAAUAUUAAAAUUCUGUCAGGGCUCUUCGUUUGUUGGUUUGCCGAAAUAAAAUAAAAAGAAGGUCUUUCAUGGAAAUUCUGAAGUAGUAAUUAAUAUAACACUAACUUAAUUAAUGUUUCUGUUUAGCGCCACGACUAGAAACUACUAACGUGUUAAUGGGACGCUUUCAAUAUAAUACUUCUGAUUAUUACCAUUAAUGUUAUAGCGACAGUGAAGUGCAACUAAAGUAACGGAAACUUGCCAGAGGUUGCAAAAUCUAAAACCAAUCAGUUUACGCAGGGUAAUAAUAUUAAUGCGCUAAACCGCCGGGAUUAACUUAAUAAUUGAAUGUUUGAGCCUUGAGGUGUUUUACCCAGAUCGUAGUUUCCUUAGUUUGGGCGGCAACUCCUCCAAGUUUUGAUGUUGGUGCUGCUUGGCGUUUUGAAACCAAGGUUAUCUUAUAUUGGCCAAAAUAUGAUAUUCCAUCCCUAUACCAAACUUGCCAUCUACAGCGGUCGAUGCUUUAUUUCAGAUUUGAUCGUUUGAAGUGUGCUCUUUAAUGCUCAACUCUGCUAUUUCGAACUCAAAUGUGGAUAUUAUUUUUCAGUCAUUCACUGUCAGCUAUCUGGAAUCCCCGUUGUCUCGCAC